AUGCUGAUGAUGCUCGCUUUGGCGGUCGCGAAAGCAGCGCGGGACCUGGGAAGCCUGCGAAAAGACAACCGGCUGAUGCUGAUGAUGCUCGCCUUGGCGCGCGAAAGCAGCGCGGGACUUGGGAAGCCUGAAAAACGACAACCGGCUGAUGCAGAUGAUGCUCGCCUUGGCGGGCCCUGGCAGCUCGCGAAAGCAGCGCGGGACCUGGGAAGCCUGAAAAAGACAACCGCUGAUGCUGAUGAUGCUCGCCUUGGCUGGCCCUGGCAGCUCGCGAAAGCAGCGCGGGACCUGGGAAGCCUGAAAAAGACAACUGCUGAUGCUGAUGAUGCUCGCCUUGGCGGCUCGCGAAAGCAGCGCGGGACCUGGGAAGCCUGA